CUUUUUUUUUUCUGUUUGUUAGUCGUUUUCUCUCUUUCUUUACUAAAAAAAUAAAAUAAUAAAUACCUAUGAAUCCAUUUGGACAACAAUCUGGUAUUCCCAUGUUCAAUCAAAGUAAUCAUCCACAUCGUCGAGUCGUAUCGUGUUGUAUGGGCAUACCGUAUGGUAUUGGUGUACCACUCGUUUUAACUAGUUGGAUUGGAAUUAGUGUCUACUUUGCUGUCCUUUCAUUCAUGGGCAAAAGUCCAUUUUAUUCACAUCUUCACAAGUCUGCCAUAAUUGUAUUUGGUGUAUUAAACCUGAUAUUUGUAGUUGUUUGUUGUUUCGGAUACAGUCUUCAUUUGAUUAAACGAUCUGUGCAUAGAUACCGACAAUACGCUAAAUUACUAGCAUGUUGUGUAGCUAUACUGAUAUUGGACAUGCUUGCCAAUUUUAUCUUGUUCUGUAUUCAAAAGGACGAAUUUGAAUUCUGGUGUCAUACGCAAGCCAAAGACCAUUUAAAUCUGCAAUUUCAGAACACUGACGUUUUAAAUCAAUCGUCUUCCUCCGCCAUGUUUAAUUGCUCCAAGUUAUUUAGGGUGGAAGCCGAAUUUUCAUUUGCCUGCAUGGUACUCAUGCUGAUUGUUUACGCUUAUUGGGUUUCGUUUAUCAUCAGGGUAUCGAGAAAUUUCAUCUUAUUAAGACCAGAGAUUCAAAUGUAUCCUGACUCUAUGCGCCAUCAAUUACGGAUGCAACCACCUAUGGUGGCGCCCGCUAUUCCUCCACCGGAUCUUCUUUCGCAGCCUAAAGCUAUCCCAGAAGAUAGUAUUAUCUUGACUUGAACGCCAUUUUUUGUAGUUUCUCUUAAUUCCUUUAUUCCCUUUUAUAAUAAAUAUAUGUGCUUUAUCCAGAAA